CAGGUCCUUGAAGCCACUGAAGAUAUAGUUACUCACUUGCCACUCAUUGAGUAUGUUGGUAAUGUUAUGUUGAGAGAUCAAUAUAUGGGAAGGUUUGUAUUUGUAAAUGUCUUUUAUUCCUGGCAGCCUCACGUUUUGUUCUAUUCUAAGUUUGGAGGUGUGGAUUUGUGUGUGGAUGCAACAAAUACCGGAAAUGAAGCCAGGUUCGUCAGGAGGUCAUGCACACCUAAUGCUGAGAUCCAGCAUUCACUGCAAGGCAACAACCUUCGUUUCUUCAUCCAUGCCAGCAAAAGCAUUAUAGCAGGAGCCGAGAUCACCAUUGCUUUUGAUUUCAAUUACCACAAAUGCGGUUUUGCAGUCGAAUGCGCGUGCACACGAUCCUCAUGCCCCGUGCUGAAG